CGCUACCUCGCCGAAGUCCAAUGGCCUAAACAAAUGAAUAUUUUUAUGAGGCACCUCAAUACAGAGAUGGGCCAGGACCAAACCAAGCAACAGAUCGAGAAAGGACUGAGGCUGUACCAGUCCAAUCAGACCGACAAAGCUUUGCAAGUGUGGACAAAGGUGUUGGAGAAAACUUCGGAUCCUGGAGGGAAGUUUCGAGUUUUGGGAUGUUUGAUCACGGCGCACUCGGAAAUGGGAAAAUAUAAAGACAUGCUCAGGUACGCCUUGGAUCAAAUCGACACGGCUCGAGAAAUGGAGGAUCCGGAUUACCUGACCGAGGGCUACCUGAACUUGGCGCGCAGCAACGAGAAGUUGUGCGACUUUCACAAAACGGUCUCGUAUUGUAAGACCUGCUUGAACAUGCAGGGCACCACGGUCAGCCUGCAGCUCAAUGGGCAGGUGUGUCUCAGCAUGGGCAAUGCCUUCCUGGGCCUCAGCCACUUCCAACAAGCUCUGGAGAGCUAUGAGAAGGCCCUGCGCUACGCGCACAACAAUGACGACAAGAUGCUGGAGUGCCGUGUCUGCUGCAGUCUGGGAAAUAUUUACGUCCACCUGAAGGACUACGAGAAAGCUCUGUUCUUCCCCUGCAAAGCAGCCGAGCUGGUCAACGACUACGGCAAAGGUUGGAGCCUCAAGUAUCGAGCCAUGAGUCAGUACCACAUGUCCGUGGCCUAUAGGAAGCUGGAGCGCCUCCCGGACGCCAUGGAAUGCUGUGAGGAAUCAAUGAAAAUUGCUCUGCAGCACGGCGACCGUCCUCUGCAGGCUCUGUGUUUGCUGAACUUUGCAGACAUACACCGUUAUCGGCGUGACUGUGAUAAAGCAUUCCCUCGUUACGAGUCGGCGUUGGGUAUCAUGACUGAGAUUGGGAAUCGACUUGGGCAAGCUCAUGUGCAGCUGGCAGUGGCCAAGUGUUGGCUUCUGGUGAAGGAAUAUAUUAAGGCUCUGGAUUCUCUGGAACGAGCUCAGGCCCUGGCAGAUGGAAUGGGAAACAAGGUUUGUGAUGUUCCUCGCCAUCAACGUAAAAUCGUGCAAAUUCUACCGAUGACCUCGCUGUGUUUGCGCUUGAAGCUGUGCACGCUGAAGGCCCAUUGCCUGAGGGAGGGCAUCUACAGGAGUCAGGGCAGACAGGAGGAGCUGCGUGAACAGGUGGUGAAGUUCCUGCAGUGCGUGGAGGAGCUGGAGCUCUACUGCGGCAUGUGUGGCGAGUCCAUCGGGGACAGGGACCAAAAGCUGCAGGCCUUGCCCUGUUCCCACAUUUUCCACUACAAGUGUCUGCAGACUAACGGGACAAAAGGCUGUCCCAAGUGUUUCAAAAACUCCAUGAAGCCAGGAUUCGUGUGAUUUUUUUUUUUUUUUCCCCGCUACCUUCAACCUACGGAUCUCCAAACACGGUGCGUUGACGCCUCACGUGCUGCCGAGCGCUCGUGACAGAAGCGGGCAGCCUCGGCGAAGAGAUGACUAUCUUUGGUCUAAUUCGUGGCCCUACGCUGAGGGACGCUGAACGGAAGCCGGGCGCCCCACUCUGAGGACUCACUCGUCUUCUUUACUGACAUCACUUUGGAAGUGACUGAAGAGAACGAUGUAGGUAAAACGUCCGUUUGCCACUUUUGAAUAGAGGCUGCAGUAUUUGGCCUUUGGUUGCAGAGUGAGAAGAAGUAGCAAAGGACUUGUACAAUAAGGUUAAGAACAUUUCUUGCAUCAUGAAUAUUCUAUUCAGCUGUUAUUGAAUUCUCCACGUGAUAUUUUAUUACUGUACAUACCGUAAACUUUAGGGGAGAAGUGUCUUGCAAAAAACUUAAUGAGACUAUCAUGUCUUUACAAAAACAUGUUUAUGGAGCUGUUUUCUCCUUGAAUUUAAGGAGCCGGAUCAACGCACAUUGUGUUCUUCAUAGAAAUUCCUUUUUCCGUUCAUAUCUCGAACUUUAGUAGCGAAGGACACGGAUUGCCGAACAGGGAAUCUUGUCGUUGCUUUUUUUUGGGGAACUAGGGAUUAAUUGGUCAUUUAAAAAAAAAAUAAGAUGGGAAGAAUGGCAGUGAGCUUUUGUAGAAUU